GCACCCGUGGAAGUGGAUACAAUACUGUCAGCUAGUAAGCCGAGGCGGCCAGCAUGGAGCUGCUGUGCUGUGAGCUGGAUACUGUCCGCAGGGCUCAGACUGACCCCACUCUGCUCUUUGACGAUCGGGUCCUGCAGAACCUGCUGACCGUGGAGGAGAGAUAUCUGCCCCAGUGCUCCUACUUCAAAUGUGUCCAGAAGGACAUCCAGCCCUUCAUGCGGAGGAUGGUGGCCACCUGGAUGCUGGAGGUCUGCGAAGAGCAGAAGUGCGAGGAAGAAGUUUUCCCCUUGGCAAUGAACUAUUUGGAUAGAUUUUUAGCUGGGAUUCCCACCAGAAAGUGCCAUUUGCAGCUUUUGGGGGCGGUCUGCAUGUUCCUCGCCUCCAAGCUAAAAGAGACUAUCCCUUUAACUGCAGAAAAACUUUGCAUAUAUACUGACAAUUCCAUCAAACCCCAAGAGCUGCUGGAAUGGGAACUGGUGGUCUUAGGAAAAUUGAAGUGGAACCUUGCUGCUGUGACACCUCACGACUUUCUUGAACACAUAUUACGGAAGCUGCCUUUACCUAAAGAAAAGUUGCUUAUGGUCCGAAAACAUGCACAGACCUUUAUUGCACUCUGUGCCACAGACUUUAACUUUGCCCUGUAUCCACCGUCUAUGAUAGCGACUGGAAGCGUGGGAGCCGCAAUUUGUGGGCUGCAGAUGGACGAUUCAGAAAACGAACUCUCUGGCGAUAGUCUGACGGAGCACUUGGCCAAGAUUACUAACACAGAUGUGGAUUGCCUUAAAGCUUGUCAAGAACAGAUUGAAUCUGUGCUGGCCAGCAGCCUCAGACAAAACAGACAGCAGGCUCAGCAAAGAAACACGUCUAAGACCAUGGACGAACUGGACCAGGCCAGCACCCCUACAGACGUGCGAGACAUCAACCUGUGAGGGCUCCCGCCAAGCGAUGGAGUCUUUCUUUGUUUUCUCCCUUGUUCUGUAUUUUUAGAACAACCCGUUUAUAUCUGCUCCCACUUAGAAAAAAUAUUUAAAACUAUUUUAAAUACAAAAAAAAAAAAAAAAAGAAUUAUUACGUGUUUGGUGCCUGUCAUGUCCAUUUAGAAGGGAAUCCCACAAUAUAUUUGAUCAUUUCUGUUCUUUAUUAUUAUAUUGUUUAAA